CAACAAACAUCCAAGGCGAGAAUUUCCGAGCUAUUUAUUUGUAAAGGACAAGCUUUCCUUGCCGCUGCGAAUCGUAAAUCCGAAACAAGUUGUAAGGCGAGGAGGAAAAUCAAUCGUUUUACCCUCUCAUUGCUAGUGUAAACUCACGCUUCAGAAAAAUGCAAUGUCGAGCUGGUUGGCUUUACCGUGUCUUUGGCCCUUCCCGCCUCCAUUUGAAACACGAAGUCUGCCUUUUCGUUAGCACCUUUCUGUUUUCUGUAAGCACAAUGCAAGCAAUAUAUCGUACUUCGUUCGGUACAGCGGGAGAUUGUAUUUUUCUUGCAAUUUUAAAUUCCUGGCUGGGACGACACCUUUUGGUUCGUUGGCUGGCUACGUGGGAUUGUUCAACGUCGCGAUCACCGACUCUACGAGGGCUACUAUCUGUUUUCAUCACAUCACAUAUUCUCAGCGGACAAACCUUUGACCGACCUUUGGAUGAAGCAAUCAUGAGGCAAAUUGGCCCACAAAAACGUGACAACCAUGGGUCGGGUUUGGGACACAUGGCAAUCCACAUACCAAACAGUGUACGAUACGCAGUGCAGAUCUUCCGCGUAUGGAUCCUUUUUCCAUUCCAACAAAAAUUUACUGGCCGUCCGCGAAGACAAAGUACAUUCUCUAGCUUUGCUUCCGGACCGGAGGCAGCCCGGUCUCCGCCAGGCAGGAUAUGGACCCACAUUAUCCUUCUUAAUUCCAACAGCUGUCGGAUUAUUAUGCCUUUGGAAAAGCCAAAAAAUGAUUUACAAAACUCCUGACCCUCCAGCUUUGGGAAUAUCUAUGCAAGAGGCUGCACAACAGAAUUACCAUGAUACUCAGUGGGAUGGUAUGAGACCACAUGGAGCGUAUCGCAAGAGAAACAUCCCACCAUGGCCAGAAGUAUGGUUUGUUAUUAGUCUUUUUGGGGUGCUGGGAAGUCUAUCGUGUUAUUUCCGGAUCGUUCCGCCAAUCCCGGACCAAAUUGCUGGAGGAAGCGUUUUGAGAGACGUGCGCAACGAAGCUCGAGGCAAAGCCAGAAGUACAGGCGGCAAACAGCAGCAACGAGACUACGAUUUUAUGGUGGCUUGGCCUGAGCGAAACCGCUCGAUUAUCUCCGAAAAUCGUAUCCGAUUUUAUAUUGAAUACAUUCUGCUUCGUGUGACGGAGUACGUUUUUGUGGUUGAAUUUAUUCCUAGACUUGCUUUCGUAUGUCGAGCGACGGGACAUUGUUCCGCACGGGCUCAGCUUUGGGAGCUGAGUAGUAUUCUAUACCCGGCCGGAGUAGCGACACCGCUGCGGACGGAUUUUUCCUCCGCCAUACAGUCCUUCGAAAGUCAUAUCGUAUCGACUUUGUGGACGGCGGUGGGUAUAGUGAUUGUAUCGUGCUGCCUGUUGUCGGCACAGGCAAUAGUUCUCGACAAGGGUUAUCUUGCAGUAUUGGGAUACAUCGGCAGCGAGUGGACAGUUGUGACUGACGCCGACACCGCAACACUGAAUCCGUGGGAUCCCAAGCGCAAAUACAAGAAGGGCGACUUGGUUGGCUACGGCAGCGAUGUGUACCAAGCAACCUCCAAUUCACCGGACGGAAAACCGAUUGAUCCGCGUUUGCGUUCGGUUCACAAACUGCUGAGCGGUGAACUGGGACACAAUGCCACGUCCCAGGUGUUGCUGCAAGUGUCAAAGGUACAAUUGGGCACCACGUUAAUUUACAUUGGGCUAUGGGUAAUGUUCACCUUGUUUGGGUAUUCGACCCACGGCCUUCUUUCGGCGGUUGGGGCAAAUCUGGUGGCUUUGUACACGCUGUCGAAUGAUGGCCUGUCGCACCACAAUGAACUUUCGAGUCUACGUGCCGAAAUUAUGAUUGACGUAAUCAUAGUCGAGCUCUCGACUUGGACUUCAAUUGUAAUCUUGGUGAACUUCUUUCCCCUUGGUGUCACGAUCAUGGCCAUUUCACUCCCAUCAUCUCCAGCGGUUUUGAUAACAACAGCCUUGACCUGUCCAAUGAAGGUUUCUUUUGCGGUGUCAUCACCUUCCGUUCUCCCGACAACAUUGAACGAAUAUUUCAGCGGAAACGUAAGCAUAGCAUUGAAAAUGUUGCCCCCGUUGCGCUCCGUAUCGAUUUCUUUGGAAGGAUCAAAGGCUCCCAUUAAGGCGUUCACCUUGUACUUGAAUCUAUCCGUCAUAUCAUGUUGUCUUGUGGGUGGUUCGAUGAUUGUCAGAUUGCCGUCGGCCGACUGCACGGUCACCAGUGACCCCGUACGGUAA